UAGCAGCAUAAACUUAACUGUCUAAGGCUCUCUUAACUAUGGUUAACUAAACCCUGGUUAAGUUGGCCUUUUAUAAGAGGAUUAGCCAGUGCAUUUGGAGAUCAUACUUGCUUGGAUCCCGCCUCUUCCACUUUGCGUUAGAAACAAAAAAAUCUGACACUUAGUACCUAUCGCAUAUAGAAGAAGAAGAAGAUGGACAACAAGGCACCUGACAAUGGAGAGUUUAGCUUUGCUAGCAAUACUCCUAGGAGCACUGGACGGAAAGGGCUGCCUAAAAUCCAGACACAAGAUCAUAACAAGAAGGCAAACGAUGUGUGUCAUGAUGACAGUGGAACACCAGUGAAAGCCAAAACGAUCGAUGAACUCCAUUCUCUACAGAGGAAAAAAUCAGCACCCACCACUCCCAUCAAGGGAGCUCAGGGUGCUUUCAAUGCUAUCUCUGAAGAAGAACGCCAGAAACAGCAACUCCAGUCCAUCAGUGCUUCCUUGGCAUCGCUGAUGAGAGAGACAGGGCCAAAGUUAGUGAAAGGGGACCCGGCAAGGAAGGGAGAGGGGCAACAAAUUGCACAUCAUCAUCAUUAUACGCCCACCAUCAGCGCUACAGACAGUUCUCUCAAGUUUACCCAUUACCUCCACAAUCUUUCUCCUGCUGAACUCUAUGAACAAGCAAUUAAGUACGAGAAAGGUUCAUUCAUAGCAUCAUCUGGCGCCUUAGCUACACUUUCCGGGGCAAAAACAGGCAGGUCACCAAGAGAUAAACGUGUUGUCAGGGAUGAAACCACCGAAGAUGAUCUUUGGUGGGGAAAGGGCUCACCUAAUAUUGAAAUGGAUGAACAUACUUUCAUGGUUAACAGAGAAAGAGCUGUCGAUUAUUUGAACUCGCUGGACAAGGUCUUUGUAAAUGACCAGUUCCUGAAUUGGGACCCUGAACACAGAAUUAAAGUUCGUAUCGUUUCAGCCAGGGCUUACCAUUCCUUGUUCAUGCACAACAUGUGUAUCCGACCCACUCCUGAAGAGCUAGAGAACUUCGGGACUCCGGACUUCACUAUAUACAACGCCGGACAGUUCCCAUGUAACCGUUACACCCAUUACAUGACUUCCUCUACUAGCAUAGACAUCAAUCUUGCUAGGAAGGAGAUGGUCAUCCUUGGCACCCAAUAUGCUGGGGAAAUGAAGAAGGGUCUAUUCGGGGUAAUGCAUUAUCUCAUGCCUAAGCGUCAAAUCCUCUCCCUUCACUCUGGCUGCAAUAUGGGGAAAGAUGGGGAUGUUGCCCUCUUCUUUGGAUUAUCAGGUACAGUUAACUUGGAACUUAACCGUGCAACAUGGAGCAAUCAACUGCCUACUGAUAUGUGCCUCGUACGAUCUCCACAUGACACUCGUUUCUAUUACAAAUUGUUGCUAACAAUUCUCCCUUUGGUUUUGUUUGUCGCAGGUACCGGGAAGACAACUCUGUCCACAGAUCAUAAUAGGUAUUUAAUUGGAGACGACGAACAUUGCUGGAGUGAGAAUGGUGUGUCAAACAUAGAAGGCGGUUGCUAUGCCAAGUGCAUUGAUCUCUCUCGAGAGAAGGAGCCCGAUAUUUGGAAUGCCAUCAAGUUUGGGACUGUAUUGGAGAAUGUGGUGUUUGAUGAGCAUACUCGAGAAGUGGAUUACGUGGACAGCUCAGUUACAGAAAACACGCGAGCAGCAUAUCCUAUUGAUUACAUUCCAAAUGCUAAGAUACCGUGCGUUGGUCCCCAUCCGAAGAACAUCAUUCUACUGGCAUGUGAUGCAUUUGGCGUGCUCCCACCUGUGAGCAAGCUGAGCUUGGCACAGACCAUGUAUCACUUUAUCAGUGGUUAUACAGCUCUGGUAGCCGGGACAGAGGAUGGUAUUAAGGAGCCACAGGCAACAUUUUCAGCCUGCUUUGGUGCAGCAUUUAUAAUGAUGCAUCCUACCAAGUAUGCUGCCAUGCUGUCUGAAAAGAUGCAGAAACAUGGGGCUACAGGAUGGCUUGUCAAUACCGGUUGGUCAGGUGGAAGUUAUGGAUCCGGAAAACGUAUCAAGUUGGCAUACACUCGGAGGAUCAUCGAUGCAAUCCACUCCGGUAGCCUUUUGAAUGCUAGCUAUAAAAAGACUGAAGUUUUUGGUCUCGAAAUCCCAACUGAGAUUGAGGGCGUGCCUUCAGAAAUCUUGGAUCCUGUCAACACUUGGACGGACAAGAAUGCAUACAAGGAUACCCAGUUGAAGCUGGCUGGUCUUUUCAAGAAUAAUUUCGCGGUGUUCACAAAUUACAAGAUUGGAAAGAACAGCAUGCUGACCGAGGAGAUUCUGGCAGCUGGUCCUAAUUACUAGUCGGGUGCUUUCAGAUUGGAGAGAGUGAAACUGAAAGGAAUAAAACGAGGCUAAGCUAAAUACAUCUCGUAACAUAUAUUAUGCCUCGUUUAAUAUCAACGAUUCAAGUCGUUUUAUUUAGGUUUAAUCGAAUUGGAGCGUGUUGUGUAUGAAGUGGUUUUUUAAUGAUAUUUCAGACUCUCUCUUUA